CCUUCAGGAAAGGGAGGUAAAAACCGACGAAGGGGAAAGAAUGAAAACGAAUCAGAGAAACGUGAACUCGUGUUCAAGGAAGAUGGCCAAGGUAGGUGAUAAUAAGUUUGUCUUCCUGGUGAUCUCAAAGUUUCCUCAUAAUAAUAUUCCUCUCCUUAAUCAUCUUCUCUUUUAAGAGUAUGGCCAAGUUGUGAAGAUGUUAGGAAACGGAAGGCUGGACGCGAUGUGUUUCGAUGGCAUCAAACGGCUUUGUCACAUUCGUGGAAAACUUCGGAAAAAGGUUUGUUAAAAUCAAGCCAAGUUUAGUGCUCUUUGGUAUGCUCUGAUGUCUGUCCAAUACACACUAGUUGCUAUCCAUUAUAUAUAACAUAGGUGUUGUACAAGUAUACUAAGGGUUACUAAGAAACAUUAAUGUCGAAAAACUGUAGUGUUCUUUCGAUUUUUAAAUAAGCAAUAUUGUGUGGUUAAGCUUAAUUUUAUCUUGGUUUACCCUUGUCGUUUUUUGGCUAUAGUAGUGUCUGACAAUGAAUUUAAAACAAAGAAAAAUGUUAUUUUAUUCAGGGAUAAAAUUGAGCCACAACGUGUCCAGCACCUUCCUAUGUGUGCAUGUUUUGUAAUUUAUGAUUAUUACCCCUCAUAUACAGAUAAUAUAUUACAUUCAAAAAGGUUGACGUAUUGGAAAUACAUAUAUUGUUUGUUUUUUCUUUUGUUUCGCAGAAAAAAAAACAAAAGAAAUAUAUAUUUCUGAAAUGUCGACCUUUAUGAAAAAACAGAGAUUCCAACCCUCCUGAUUUAACAUGUGUCCUUCUGCUCUCCUGAUUUGUAUUAGACUCUCCUGAUUUAUUCUGAAAACAAGGAAAACAAUUGCUUAUCUUACGUAUUUUUUUGUGAUGUGAGUGUGAAACCUUAUGUAUUACACUUUCCUAUCCUAUAAUUUCUCUCCAAGUCUCUCCAUUGAACGCCGCCAUAGUGUCAAAAUGUAGUAAAUGCUGCUUGAGACGAAUUAAAUUUGCCAAAUUUCCUGGUUGGGCAUACCCCAGAUCCCCGCUAGAGGCUCACACCUAAGGUACUUGUGUGAGUGCCUUGAAUGCUAGAAUAUACUCCCUAUUUUCUUUGAAAAGGGGUUGGAAUCUCUGGAAAAAACGAUUGCAGGGCAAUAUCCAGCCAUCUUGACUGAAAAAUGUUGGUCAAUAAAGAAUUGACUAUAUUUCCAGCAAACUUUUUCUUGUGGGACCAAUGCGGGAAAUUCCUACCACAAGACAGGCCUUUCUUACCUACUUGGAGAGCCAAUCAGAACUCAAGAUUUGCUUUAUCUUGCCCAUUUGGCAGUCUGAUUUGAAAGGCAAACCUUGUCCAUUAAAUGCCUUUAGAAAGAAUGACAGAUUGGCUUUUAUAAACUGAGGCUCUGAUUUGAAAGGAACUGUUUUGAUAAAAAGAAACCUUGUCACUAAUUAAAUGCAAAACAACUUAGAAAGAAUGACCUAGGUGCCCAACCCCCCCUCCCCUCCUAAAAGGGCCUCAUCCAUGAGUCCACUCUGUUUGGGUCAUCAAUGAAAACUCAAAAAAGAAUGAGGCCAAUAUCCAGUCAUCUUGGCUGAAAAUGCAUGGUCAAUAAAGGUUUUUUUUUAUUUCCAACAAGAAAGCUGGGUGUUCAUAGUGUGGAAAUUACUCAAAGUUCACCAUUUUAUAGUGGUGUGGGUUCUGUCUGAUGUUAAUAUUUUGUAUUAUGUCAUUAGUGUGUCAUCUGCAACACCGAAAAAACAUGAACGUAAUAUACAAGCUCUAUUGAUUUGCCCAGUGCUAUGUUAACGGUCAAGUGUUUCAGGCUAUGUGAUUGGCAUUUUCUUAAAACGUUUUUUGAUUUUUUUAUUUCUAUCUGGACUCCCAAGUCCUUAAGUGUUUGCUGGUGCCUUUUAAGAAAAAAACAAUAGAAAGUGCUCAAAAAACGUACCGUCUGGUUGUCUAGGACAGGUAGAUUUUGAGGUUAGUAAUACAUUGUAACUUUUUAACUUGACCGAUGGGCUAGGAUUCAGGCAAGUCACGAUUGUCUAUGAUUGAUUGUAUGCCUUGCUGAACCACUGUACACACUAGACAAUGUUUUUACUGGCAACUCUCUUUUAAUGGACACCUCUCUAAGAUGGACACCUGGGGUUGGUCCCUGCUGUUUUUCAGUCAUUUUAGUGUAAAUAUACUCUCUAUAAGUCUAACACCUCUCUAAGAUAGACCACGGACACUUUUGAAACUGUCAGCGGCCACUACAAGUGGUUUAUGAAGUAAAAAUACCACAUACAUGUAACAGAAAUGUAGUUGCUCUGCAUAACAGUAAAUUGCAAUUAGAGGAAGGAAAUGGAAUGAGAAAAUGAUUCAACUUUCAUAUUACAUACUUGUUCCAGUUCUCACUAUUUUGCACAAGUGAAACAGGUAUGUAAGCAUUGCAAAUAGGUUCAACCUUAUUCUCUUAUAUUAUUGCUGGUGUCACUUCACCUUGAUUCUCCAUAAGCCCAACAACCCUCUAAGAUGGACAGUCAGGGCCAGUCCUAAAGGUGUCGGUCUUAGAGGGAGUUUACUGUAUUAUGGAUUUAGAACUUAAGUAAGUACUGCAUUAAGUUGACCUGGCAGAUUUUUUGGACACCUACAGCAGCAGUGUCGUUCAGGACCUCACUCACUCAGUCAAUGGUUGUAAUAUUCACAUGAAAUCAUUGUGGAAUUUUUUUGCCCUAGGUUUGGAUCAAUCAAGGUGAUAUUAUUCUGUUAGGACUUCGAGACUAUCAGGUAUUGGUUAUAGAUGAUACCAGGCGUAUUUUUUUGUUAAAAGAUUUUUGUGAUAAAUAGUAGGGAGCUUAAGAUGUCACAUGCAUGACAUGACAAUUUGAGAACAUCAAAAUGUUAUUUUUGCAUACAUGUGCGGUGCUCACAUUUUUGUUUAUUUCUUUGCCGUUACAGCACAACUAUCAAGUGGAAUUGCUUAUUUUUCCAAAUAUGGCAUUCUUGUAAACCCUUUAGUGAAAUCUCAUUGUACCACAGUAAGCCUCAUGUAUGUAACUCAAGGCCCACAUCUGGAUAUACCAGUAAUUUGUGUGUUGUUUUGUUGUGAUCACCAGGAUGGUAAAGCAGAUGUUAUUUUGCGAUAUAAUCCUGAUGAAGCCAGAAAUUUAAAGGCAUAUGGUGAACUCCCAGAUAAUGGUACAGUGCAUUCAUUAGCUGUUGGAAAAUAUUUUUUCUAUAUAAAGGGGACCUUCUGAUAUUAUUUGCUAGCUUAAGUGACAAGAAUGUGGAUGUCUCACAGUUGUCAGCAAGGUUUGCCAAUAUGUCAAAAUUUUUAAGAUGACUCCACUGAGGUUAUGGAGGGAGUCACUUUGACUCCAGAAAUUUUUGGUUACUCUCUUCUAUCUAUGCUUGAGGAGCAAGGGUGGUACAGUGAUGAGGGCACUCGCCUCUCACCAGAGUGGCCCGGGUUGGAAUCCUGGUGUUGGUGCUAUAUGUUUGUUGAGGUUAUUGUUGGUUCUGUCCCAUGCUCUGUGAGGUUUUUCUCUGUGUAUUUCAGUUUUCCCCUCUCCUUAAAUACCAACACUUCCAAAUUCCAAUUCGAUCUGGAAUGCACGGACAGUUUUCAUUGAGUUCUUAAGAACUUGUAAGUGCUCCAUGGGUAAACAAAAUACCAAAAGUUACAAAAAAAUUCCAGUUUGUGUUUAAAAUUAAAAAGGAGGGAGGUUGUAAACUGUAUUCUCAAUUUUUCAGGGAGUUGUCAAAAAAUAAUAGCUGGCAGUCAGUGUUUUUUUGGCUGGCUAAGUACUCUGCUGGGCUAUUCCUUUGAUUAAAAUGGCAAAAUCAGUCACCUACUUUAAUAGUGGUGUAACGAUUAAUCAGAUUCUUAGUUAAUCAUGAUUAUGACGGUUUGGUUCAUUUCAUGAUUCUUUGCUUCCACAUUUCGACAUUUUGGUUCGAUUUUUGCAUAUCUUUCCUAAGGUGCCCUCAGUGAGUUAUUUUAUUGUAAAGUCAGAAUACAGAACUCUUUAAAAUGUGUGUGUUUGACUGACAAGCAAAGAUGAUUGCAGUUUGUGCGCCUUUUUGUGUUGCCUGGUAAAAAUGCUGUCCUUCAACCACCCCCAGGGAAUUUCCAAAUAAGGCAAACCAUGUGUGACACACUCUUUGUCAGGUUCUCAAACGUGGCAACGAAUGACCAAACAACUGUGAAUCCUCCUGUCCUGUUACUAUUCUCAAAUUGAGGGUUUAGGGUUGCAUGUUGUUUACAUUACGCAUUAUGUUUUAAGAAUUGAGAAUUGUAUACAUAAUCAAAUCAAAAUGAUUGAAAGGCAAUAAUUGAAUUGAAUCGAAUUUCAAGGAAUAUGAAUCGUUACACCCUUAUACUUUAAUCAACAGUAAAGCCACCUACUGUUUUUAUUUGGCUAUAAGCCAAGUGAUUUUUACACAAAUUAAAGCUAAAGUUAAGUGAAAUUUGAGGUCAAGAGUGGGCUUUGGCUUAUAGCCAAGAGUUUUUGAAAACAAAAUCUUUUUCAGUGCAUUGAAACUCUACUAAAUGGGAAUAUACUCACUUAAGGGUACUUUGACAAAAAUUUUUUACAACUCUGUUUCAGGCUCUAUUUUUGGCUGUGAGACAAAGAAUCAAACACCAAGAAAAUUAUGCUAAGAAAAAGGGAAUGGAAAGACAUGAUUAAGAGCUGUGUAAAAAGAUGUUGGCUUCAAUUUACUUUUCCUCAUUUUGCCUUGCAGUCAAAGUCAACGAAAAUCCAACAAUGGGAGGUGAUGGAGACGGAGAAGAAGUGACGUUUGAGGAAGGUGACGAUGUUGAAGAAGAAGAUGCUGAUAUUGAUGCUGUA